AUGUCAUUUGCUGUGUCAUUCAUUACCCAGAAGCUCUCCGUGCCAACCUCAUUCUUCGGCUUCAAGCUUUGGAUCACAAUCGCCAUCUGCAUUGGAUUAGUCAUUGUAUUGGCUCUUCUCUGCAUUUGCUGUUACUUCAUCUCCUGUCGUCGUCGCAAACCUCCUGAAGUCCGCUAUCGUAAAGCGAAUCCGGCCGCCGCCUCGAAGAAUUUACGUAGUAAUUACAGUGCUUCUUCGCUUGAUAGGAGGCUGCUGUCCAGCAAUGGCUGGGACGUGGAGAUGAGCAUUGCCGCACCGGAGAAGAAGGCGUUGUACUCCGAUCAGUGGUCGACACAAACCGGCGGGACAACUAGUAAUGUGAACGAUUUAGGGGCCGUUACGGUGGUUUCCGAUGUAUGCAGAGGAAACAGAUUUACACUGAGGGAUAUUGAAGUAGCCACAAAUGGGUUUGCUGAUGACAAUGUGAUUGGGAGUGGGGAUUAUGGGAUUGUUUAUCGCGGUGUUCUAUUGGAUAAUACUCGAGUUGCAGUAAAAAAAUUGCCAAGUAACAGGUUUAAAGCAGAGGAAUUUGUAGCAAAAGUGGAGGCUAUGUGGCGAAUUGGACACAAGAAUCUGGUUAAAUUGCUCGGAUACUGUACUGAAGGAACUUACAGAUUGCUUGUGCAUGAAUACAUAGACAAUGGCAACCUUCAGCAGUGGCUUCAUAGAUGCAUAGGGAAAGUUAGCCUUCUAACAUGGGAUAUGAGGAUGAACAUAGUCUUAGGAACUGCAAAAGG